AUGAUUUUAAUUUUACAAUAUAAAUUAGCAGAAAAUUCAACUGGAGUUUCAGAGUUUAGAUUUAGUAAUGAGUUUAUUAAAAACAACAGUAUUCCAUUCAGUAUCUCUGCUUGGACAUCAUCUAUUGAUGCCUCUCAUAUCUCUUUUGACAAUGAAACUCAAUUCUGUGUUGGUUCAUUAGAUCAAUCCUAUUUAAAGAAAGGAAUUAAAGUAUGUGUGAAAUCAAAAACGUUGGUUGCUUUCCACAAACAAAUUAGUCAGAGAGUAUUCAAUACAACAUGCCAAUCAGCCAUCAAUGGCGAUUGUGUUACCACUGCCUUCCAGACACCACAAUACUUCCGAGGUUUGCUCAUGGCAUCACCAUUAAGUGGAAGUAACGUCAGUCCAGCUCUAAAAAAUGUUGUCAAUCUCUUGAGAAAUGAUUUAGUUUUUAGACAAACCAAGGUUUUAGUUAGAUCAGCCUCUGUCAAUAACAAUACAUUGGAAUGUGAUUUCAGUUGCCUCGAUUCCAUUGCCGAACAGUAUAACUUUACCACAGACUCCAAUGGUGUUUUCGAGUUUGACAAAAGUUCGAACCAGAUCGUUCAAAUCUACCUUGAAGAUGCAUUGCACAAUCUUACAAUCGUCAACACAAGUACAUCAACUCCACUCAGAUAUCAGUCGACUCUUGGUUUCAACUUAGAUGGCCAAAACUAUACCGAUGCCAACGAUAAUACAAAAGAUCCCAGACCACUUUACUAUUUACUUUUCCAACAAUUGAUUGCAGCAACCAAUCAAGCAGCAUUACAACCUCUUGUUAUUCCAAAGGUUAAAGUUGUAAUUCACCUUGAAAAUUCCACUGGAUACAUCAACGAUGAUCUGUCAGCUCACUUUAACACGAGUUGUCUCGAUUCUAUCGUUCAAGUAUAUUCAUACCACCUCAUUAAAUCAUUGAAUCCAUUGUUCACAAUAAACUUAGAUCAAUUAAAGAAUUCUGGUAAAAACCAAGGAUGGUCAACUUCAACUCAAACAGAUGCAUUCAUUCAAUCACUCAUUAAUGUUUUUUCUACAUUAUUAAAACAAGUAUCAUUCCCAUCUGUUGCAACCAACACUGAAAUUUCAAUUAAUAAUUGCACUUUGAUUCAAGACAUUGAAAAGUUUAACAAUUUCGACUCGAACGGAACAAAAUCAUUUGGAUGGAUAUCAGCUUAUCUUUGGGAUUUGAUUGAUAUCACCAAUGAUGACAACUAUCUUGAACUCUCAAAGAAAGGUAUUCUAAAUGUCGAUGGUAACAAUCAAAAUUCAAUCGAAUUGUUUGAUUUCAUCGGUGUUUUGAAAAGCUACACAACAACUUCCACACCUAAUAUUUUGGAAUUCAACAACAACCUUAUUUCAUUCAUCGGAACAACCUAUCCUGAUUCAUCAGAAGACAAAGUACAAUGGAUCAAUAGAAUCGGAAUCUAUAACAAUAUCUUUGAUUGUCAGACAUGUCGAGUCGAUCCAGCACCAACCAACAAUGAUCCUUCAUCACUCACCGAUUAUCUACUUUCCAAAGGAAUAUGUUCAUCGAGUUUUGACCAAGUUGGUUUCUCAAUCGAUAUCCUCGAGAAACUUUUAAGUAACUGGGCAACAACAACCAGCGGUGAUUGGUCAUCAAACCAAGGUUUAUCAUUCCUCUUCUCCACUUCAUUCCAAACAGCAUACCAAAACAAUAUUCUUUUGAGAUCAUUGCUCCAAAAGAUGAAUAGUGACCUCUGUUCAUUUUCAUCGCUUCCAUUUAUGACACCACUUGGCCUACAGAUGGCCAACGAACUUUUAAAUUCAUUACUAUCAAUUUCAACUGAGAGACGAACCUAUAAUCUCAUCGAUACCUAUUAUAUUCCAAAUAAUAUUGAUACCACGCAACCUGGAAUUGCAAUUGUAUCAUACAACAAUAAACUAUGUUCAAUGGUUUCCGUGACUUUGGAUCAAUUCAAUUUGGGUGAUGAUGUAUUAUCGAGUUGCAACAGUGGUCCAAUUGUUUUCAAUAUCGAUAAUCUCUCAGGUCCAACAUCAAGCAACACAUUAAUAACGAUUGUUGGAAGAAAUCUCGAUACAACUGGAACUGUAAUUAAAGUUGGUGAUAAAACUUGUCAAAAUCCAACCAUUACAAAGUUAGCAAACAACAAUCAACAAAUGACAUGUUCCAUUGGACCAGGAUAUGGAAUACAUUCAAUCACAUACUUUGGAAGUCAGAGUUUAUUGGUUCAAGAGAUGAACUACCUUGUUAAAACCUAUACAUUUACCUACAAUACACCAGUUGUCACAUCGAUUUCAACCAAUGAAGAUUUCAUUAAUACUAUUUGA